AUGUCUGGCUUCAGCUUCGGUACCCCGACAACGUCGGCACCCGCGUUUUCGUUCGGGACGCCUGCGGCAACAACAAGCAUCGCCGGAACCGCCGCAGCACCGGUGGCGGGAGCGACAGGAUUUUCCUUCGGAACCCCCGCCACCGUCGCGGCAACGGCAGCAGUAGCAGCCGCACCAGGAUUUAGCUUCGGUAAACCUGCCGGAACAGCUGCGACUACGGCGGCACCGUUAUCGUUUGGUCUCGGGGCCACUUCCACCACGGCCAGCCCCUUCGGCGGGUUGAAUGUGUCCGCCGGUACGACUGCGACGGCCACAACAACGUCCACAUUCGCGGUGCCUACGCUUAACUUCGGAACCGCGGCCACCGCAACGACUGGCGCUACGGGGGCACUCGGUCUCGGAAACACCGCCUCAGGAGGACUGUUCGGGGCGGCCAAACCCAUCACAACGGUCGCACCAGCACCGGCCGCGACGACAGCCACAACCACGGUCGGGCUGGGUGGUGUCGACAUCAACGCCAACCAGCCGAAAUCGGUGGAGGGCAAAAACGACAACACUAAAGCGAAGGAAUCGCAGGUGCCGCAGGAAAUCAUCAGCACGGUCGAACACCUCAAGGAUUACAUUAAAAAGCAGAAAACGAUCAGCUCCGACAUUGCGCGCUCGUCGGCGAGAAAAAUGUCCAACGUUUCGAACGAAAUCAAGCGCCUCAACUGCACGCUAGCGGAGCUGUCGAAUAGCGUCGGCAACAACCAGAACGCCAUUAAAAUGCUGCGCCACGAAACGUCCGGCAUCACGCACCAGGCCGACAUGGCGCAACGCACGCAAGAAACGCCUGCUGGGCUGCAGUUCGAGAACACGCUGCCGCUGCAGUACUUCAUCGAGCUGAUCCAUAAGUACGAGUCCGAUCUGAUCAAUCUCAAGCAGCAGGUCGAGCUGACGGAAAAGCAUAUGAACUCGCUGACCACGCCGCAGUACUUCACGCCACAGGAUCUGAAGCUGUGCCUGCAGCAGAUCUACGAAAGCUUCGUUGCGUUGGCCGGCCGAUUGCACGAGUUGCACCAGAAGGUGGAAACGCAGAAGGAACAGUACCUCAAUCUGCGACGAUACCUGUUGCGCGACCACACGGACGUGUUCGAAAACAAAGACACUGCGAACGCCGGGGCCAGUGCCGUGGACAAAUUCGCACUCAACAUUUCGUCUGGACCGACGCCGUUCUCGUCGGUGAUGGGUAACGUGAGCUUCGGCGUAUCGCUCAGGCAACCUGGGGCAGCAGGUACGGCACUCUGGCCGGGAGGAACCACCGGGACGGCUUCGACCGACCCGACUAAAAGCGCUUUCGGACAGACGAACUUUUUUGGCAUGAGCGCAGGCACUAACACGUCCGGGAGCGAUGGGCUUGGGUUUGGUAACCGGUUAGGUUUUGGCUUCGGUGCCAUGUCCUCCACGGGUGCUGAUGCGUUCAAUCUACAGAAACCUCCACUGGGGAGUAAGCGAAAUAAAUUGUAAAUACAUGCGUGGUACUGAAAACCCGGAUCACUAGCCAAUGUGAGUGUAUGGAAUGACAGACAGGCAAAAAUAAAUCUA